CGAUCCAAAUUUUAAUUUCAGACACACACACACACGCACGACCAACACGACACGAGACAAGAGCAAACUCUUCGUGUCCUCAUCGAUCUUGAACAACCAACAAAUCUGAUUACAUCGAUUCAUCCAUCUGUCUCACUGUGUUUUUUUAUAUUCUCCAAUCGUGAAAUUGAAGCUUGGUGAUUUUUGCAAUCGCCGCCCCUGAACUGUGUGAUCCACACGAAUCUGCGAUGCGUUUUGGUCCACCAGACCACUGAUACCCUGAAAAUAAUGAGCUUCUGUUGCAAAGUUUCAAAUCCGGUAAGAAUCUUUGGAUCGAAUCAGAACCGCCACUUGCUAACAGAUCAACCGAUCGACUCAUCAUAAAAUUUAGGGUUUGACCGCCCCCCCUAAUUGCGUGCGAUGGAUAGAACUAGAAGUUGGGUUUUGUCACAUCUUCUUCUAUUGAUUUUGUUCAUCUCCAAUGUAACGUCUACUUCAAAUUCAACCACUAAACAAGAGUCUCCUCCGUUGCCUACUGUUAUUAAACCCAAUGUUACCUCAUCAGAGCUUCCUUUGCCGGCUAGUAAUUCGACGGAUCCUAAUCCGAAAGAGCCUGUUUCAGUGAGUCCUCCUCCGCAAGUGCAACCUGUAAAUGAGAAGAAUGAUACAAAAGUGUUGAAUUCAACAGAGCCUUUAAGCCCUCCUCCGCCUCCAGCGAACGUAACUGAUAAUAGCCAGGAUAGUGGGAAACUACCGGCUGUAAUGGCACCGCCUCCGAAAAGUUUGGAGAGUGGGAAAAAUGAGACGGAGCCACUUAAGGAGAGUCCACCUUUGCCGAAAGAUCCUGAAAAGGCGAAUGACGUUAAUAAGGGGAGCUCAGAGUCUGGCAGUGUAGAGACCUGUGCAGGAAAUUCUAACUUGUGUACAACUGAGAAUUCAUUGGUGGCUUGCACUUUGAGCAUUGAUAAAGGUUCUGCUAACUGGUUGAUUCUAGUUCAAAAUGAAGGUGAAAAAUCUCUAAAAGCGAAAUUUGUUCUUCCGGUUAACUCUAUGCAAGAGCUAAAACUGCCUAAACACCAGAGUCAAAGGGUAAACAUAUCCAUUAGUGGAGACACAAACAAGAUCAUACUAGAUGCGGGGAAAGGAGAGUGUGUGCUUCAUAUGUACCCACCAGAAACAAACACGUUACCGUUCCGCUUUCCCUCGUACGACAAGCUAGUGACGCCCAUCAACGGUGCCUAUUUCUUAAUAGUCUCUGUUGUUAUUUUGGGGGGAAUUUGGGGAUUGUGUAUGUGCCGGAAGAAUCGCCGUGCAGGCAGUGGAGUGCCUUACCGGGAGCUAGAAUUGAGCGGAGAGCCAGGUUUGGGAAACGAGUCAGGGGUCCAUGAUGUGGAGACAGCAGACUGGGACGAGGGUUGGGAUGAUGAUUGGGAUGAGAAUAAUGCUGUGAAAUCCCCCGGUGGUGCAGCAAAGAGUGUCAGCAUCUCUGCCAACGGCUUGACAGCAAGGGCUCCAAACCGGGAUGGAUGGGAUCAUGACUGGGACGACUAGAGAGAGUUGUUGUGUGUUAUAAUCAGUGGAUACUACUAUUACUACAGAAGAGUCAAAAACAACUUGGAUACAGUUUACUGCAAAGAAGAAGACAAGACAGAAAACUACAAAAGGUUAAUGUGUAUACUCAAUAUGCACCUAUAUAUAUAUAUUAAAAAUUCUUUUUCGUUACUAAGUUGAAAUGUCAAAUUUUAUACUAGAGUCCUCCAAACCAAAAAAAACCUGCGUUGUUGUGUUUCCAAUUUUUUUAGUUUCAAAAUUUUGUAUCAUGCAUACGAACAGGUUCUGUUAUAGUUUUUGUACUUCGAUACUUUCCCUUCUUUUUCCAGUGUUGUCACUCUCUUGGAAACUUUUUUGUAACAUCAAGAAGAUUAUGUACAUUCUUAUA